UUGCUUCUCUUCUCCUCCAUCGCGGUGGUUUUCUGCUCAAUUUCAACCUGUUGGCUGCAAUCGAGAUGCCAUCAAUUGCAGGCAAUAGAUCAUCACCUAUGUCAAUUGCAGGCAGUGACGUUUCAUCCCCUCAGAAACGGAGGUUGAGAUCUAAUUCGGCUUUAUUGGAUGAUCUGGUUUCUAGUAUUCCAUCUAACCCAUGCUCUCCAUUGAAGAAUAAAUCUCCUCGUCGAUGCAUGGCUGACAGUCCCAAUAGAAGUCAAGCAAAUGUGAGUUUUUUAGAUCGAGUUAAUAAUGUAACGAAAAUGACGAAAUCCCCAAAGAAAAAGCUGCUGGAUAGUUUCCUUGAUAAACCGAUCUGGAAUCCAACAGAUUUGGAGCAACUAAGUGCGGUGAAGGAGGCGUUGCAUGUAUCCACAUCUCCAUCUAUGAUUGUGUGCCGUGAGGAUGAACAGAAAAGGAUAGCGGAGUUUUGCAAGCAGUGCCUCGAGCAAGAGAAGGCUGGGAGUUUGUACAUUUGUGGUUGCCCAGGGACUGGAAAAUCGCUUUCAAUGGAGAAUGUGAAGGGCUCUCUGGCUGUUUGGGCUAAAGAGACAGGGGGUCAACUGCCAGAAAUUUUGACCAUAAGUUGUCCUUCUCUUUCAAGCACCUCAGAAAUCUUCAACAAGAUACUUGGAAAGAGUCAACCACAAAAGAAACUCAAUGGUCGUUCUACACCCUUAAAGCAGCUUCAGCAAUUGUAUUCCAAAAAGCAGCAGUCACCUGGCAUGAAAAUGAUGUUGGUUAUUGCUGAUGAGCUGGACUAUUUGAUAACUAAGGACAGGGUGGUGCUUCAUGAUCUAUUUAUGCUAACAACAUUGCCCUUUUCAAAAGUUAUAUUGAUAGGCAUAGCUAAUGCAAUUGACUUAGCAGAUCGCUUCCUUCCAAAACUGCAGUCUCUAAAUUGUAAGCCUAUGGUUGUGUCUUUUCGAGCCUACUCCAUGGAGCAGAUCAUCAUCAUUCUCAAACAACGGCUAAUGGCACUUCCUUACGCCGUCUUCCAGCCACAAGCACUGGAACUCAAUGCACGAAAAGUAGCUGCCGCAUCUGGGGAUAUGAGGAAAGCUCUUGGUAUUUGCAGGGGUGCAAUUGAGAUGCUAGAAACCGAGCUUCGAGAAUCUGCAUGCACUUCAAAUCUUUCAGCGAUGGUGAGGGUUGAUCAUAUGGCUAUUGCUUUGUCAAGGGCUUACAAAUCACCAAUAGUUGACACAAUACAAUCCCUUCCCCAGCAUCAACAGAUUAUACUCUGCUCUGCUGUGAAGCUUUUUCGUAGAGGAAAGAAGGAUACGACAAUAGGAGAGUUAAACAAGUCUUACAUUGACGUAUGCAAAUCAACAUUGAUACCACCUGUUGGAAUAAUGGAACUUUCAUGCAUGUGUAGAGUGUUAGGUGAUCAGGGAAUUCUCAAACUUGGUCAAUCUCGAGACGAUAAAUUAAGGAGAGUGACCUUGCAGGUAGAUGAAGCAGACAUCCUUUUUGCAUUACAGGGCAUCCGUUUCUUUCGAAACUGUCUUCAGUAAAUUUCAACCAUCGAUAUCUUGCAUCUGGUAACGAAUCCCGUUUCAUGUGAAUGAACCCUUUUGAAGUGCAAUGUAAAGGUCAGAAAGCAGUCCUUUAAUCUGGGCCACAAAGGUUUCAAACCGAGCUUAGUGCAAUGGUAGCAGCAAAACUCCCGUUAACUAAAAUAAACAAACACAAUAUGUCCCAUUCGUUGAUAUUGAUUC